UGUCAACAAGCCCAGCCAGCUGCGAAUUGAGGUUAUUUUAAUUAUAAAACCAUCCGAAAAACAAAUAUUAGGAAUAAUAAGCUCAUACUAAAUUUUCUAGCCGUGUGCAGCUGUAUUGCAACCUCCACUAAACGUCAAUGUUUUCCUUUUAAGUGGUAGGUUUGUGAGUACACUCAAGUAACAGGGCGGUGCGCGGUCAUCGACCGACCGACCCGAUAUUCUAACAUUGAUCCUGACCGAAUUCCCUGAUUGAGUCCCGAAAGGUACUCGCCCUUCCUGUCUAUCAAGGCAUGUGACACCGGCACACUAUGCAUAAGCGUGAAGAGAACUUUGACCAGAAGAAGUUAGAUUUAGAGGUAUGGCUACAACGUAUGGAAUCACGCCUGGCGGGAAUGGCGCCAGUGGGCCAUACUGCCGACGUCCUGGAGGUACAGUUGAGAGAACAGAAAGGUUUGCAUGCUGAACUGCAUCAAUUCAAGCCCAGAAUUGAAGAGUUCCAGCAGCUGACACAAAGGCUGGUUACAGCACAUCAACAUGAAGACACUAGUCGGUAUAAGAAGGCUGCAGAGUAUAUUAACCAACUUUACCAAAGGCUGGACGCCUGUAUCAUCAAUCGAGGCAAACUGCUCCAUAGUGCUCUAAGUUCACUUCACAAUUUAGACAGGUCACUGGAUAAGUUUUUGGCAUGGCUUAGCGAAGCAGAAUCUGCGCUGGAAACGCUCGAAGGAGAGGGAGACACAAGAAGAGCCACAGUGCACCUGAAAGAGCUGCAGAUAGAUAUAGAUAGACAAGCAGUGACACAUCAGUCUCUGAGACAGAGCAGUUUGGCACUGGUAGGAAGUCUGGCUCCUGAAGAUGCCUUGAUGCUUCAACUGAGGGGGGAUGAAAUGGAAAGACGAUGGCAGGCUUUACGCACCAAAACGUCAGAAUUAAGGAACCGUCUAGAGCAUAACGCAGACUACUGGAACGCUCUUCUAUUGUCCCUCAGAGAACUGACAGAAUGGGUCAUCAGGAAAGACACUGAGCUAGGACUGGCUUCAAGGCAAGAUGAUCACAGAGCAUUUAGGCAGCAACUUGAAGAUAAAAGACCUCUUGUCGAAGCCAGUUUGAGAAGUGCUAGACAGUUUGUAUCUGGAGACCCUUCAGGGGAAUUAGCUAGGAACUUACGAAGAGAGCUAGUGAAGUUGUCUGACAAAUGGAAUGCGUUGGUGGAUAAAAGUGAUGAGCUGGCGACUAGAUUUGAGCAGAAUACUUUAAAACUAAACCAACUAACAACAACUCUGGAAGAAGCCUGCGCAGCUGUCUCUCGCCUAGAACGUGCUACCCUAACGUGGAGCGGCCCUCGGAGCGCAGCUGAAGCCAGGGAACUUCUCGCAGGCCUGCGCGCAUUAGAACAACAGCUGCCGCAGCUUCAAAGGCGACUGGAGGAAGCUAGAGCGCAUGCAGCUGCGCUUGGUGCGGCGUUGCCGCAACAAUCAGCUGCACAGCUGGAAGAUUGUGCGGCGAGGACCAGAGCGUUGCAAGCUGCGAUUAGAGAGAGGAGGGAGGUGCUUACGACGAGUACACAGGGUGAAAUCUCUCCAGGCCCAUCCAGCGUAAAGGCUCCCUGGGAGCGAGCUGUCACCCCUAACAAAGUCCCCUACUACAUAAACCACAGAUUGGAAACGACACAUUGGGACCAUCCCCAAAUGCUCGAAUUGGCAGCCAGCCUGUUGCAACUGAACGAAGUCCGGUUUUCGGCGUAUCGGACAGCGUUGAAGCUUAGAGCCAUACAGAAGAAACUGAGUUUAGAUAUGGUCACUAUUAAUAUGGCAUCGGAGGCGUUUGACUUACAUGGUUUACGAGCCCAAAACGACAAAAUUCUAGACGUAGCAGACAUGGUGCUAGUACUGAGGGCGAUCUACGGAAACGUAGCCGCUGUAGAUACAACAGUAGACGUACCACUUUGCGUUGACUUGGCACUCAACUGGUUACUUAACGUAUACGAUAGUCAAAGAACGGGGCAGAUCAGGGUUCUUAGUUUUAAGGUGGGUUUGACAAUCUUAUCAAAAGCGCACUUAGAAGAAAAGUAUCGCUACCUGUUUCGUCUCAUAGCUGAUCCUGACCAAAAAGCUGAUCAACGUAAGCUAGGACUACUCUUACACGAUGUUCUACAGAUACCUAAACAACUGGGAGAAGUCGCUGCGUUUGGUGGAAGUAACAUUGAGCCUAGCGUCAGGAGUUGUUUGGGAGAAAGCGAAAAUUUGGAGGCGGCUCAUUUUCUUGCUUGGUUGAAACAGGAACCUCAGUCCCUAGUAUGGCUACCAGUCCUUCAUCGCAUUGCCGCCGCAGAAAACGCUCGCCAUCAAGCAAAAUGCAACGCUUGCAAGCAAUUCCCAGUUAUUGGGCUGCGCUAUAGAUGUUUAAAGUGCUUCAACUUUGACAUGUGUCAAACGUGUUUCUUCUCGGGAAAGCUCACAAAAGGCCACAAGUUAAGUCAUCCGAUGCAUGAAUACUGUGCAGCAACCACUUCUGUCGAAGAUGUUAGGGAUUUCACUAAGGCGUUGAAGAAUAAGUUUAAGAGUAAAAGAUACUUUAUGAAACAUCCACGUGUGGGCUACUUACCUGUCAGAUCUGUACUUGAGGGUGAUGAACUCGAAAGCCCUGUAGCGUCACCACAGCAUAACGAUAUGCAUAGUCGUCUGGAAAUAUAUGCUAGUCGGCUGGCAGAGGUGGAAUUGCGUGCAGCAUCCCCGGAAGAAGACGAACACCGGCUGAUCGCCGACUACUGCCAAUCCCUUGACGGAGGUCGUACUGGGAGCCAAGUAGUACCGCCGAGCCCAGGCCAACUGAUGAUGGUCAUUGACGAAGAACAACGCGCCGAGCUGCAGGAGAUGAUCGACGAGCUUGAAGCUGAGAACAGGGCUCUGUUGAGGGAAUACGAGCAGCUGCAAAGAGGAGCUGCGCAGCAGGUUCCAGCGCAGCAGAUUCCUGGACAGAGGGAGCAUCCGAGAGAACAGCAUGAUGUAUUGGCUGAGGCUAGGUUGUUGAGGCAACACAAAGGCCGCUUAGAAGCCCGCAUGCAGAUCCUCGAAGACCACAACAGACAACUGGAAGCACAACUGCAACGUCUCCGUCAAUUAUUAGACGAACCUCCCACUUCCACUUUACAAACUCGAAGUGUAACAGCAUCGCAAUUGAAUCAGGACACACCCGGGAGGAUCAACCAACCGCCACCACCUGCAGAUCAUCGUUAGAAUAUUCUAGUUUUUCGAAAAAAAAAUCAUAUGUCGCACACUAGAAACUCUUCAUAACGUUAAGAAAGAAACGGAUGAGACGUCAUUUAGUGAUUACAGAUCUAAAGUAUCAUCAUAUGAUAUCAAAUCUUCCGUCUAGCAGAUUAGCACAAAGAUUGUCUGUUUCGUGAAGUAGAAGGUCGAUACAUUUGGCCAAUACCGUAAGCACAUAAAAACCGCGAUUCGCACGGUGUUCAAAAUCAUAUCGUGUAAUUUUAGGUCAAUCUUUCCAAUAAUAACGGUAACCAAACAAAGAUCAAUUCCUCCUGUAGAAUCUCCUCCUUUUUUUCUUCUCUUCUUUCUGCCCUCUCCAAGAGCAGUCUUACGGACCACCUUGAUAAAAGAUGUCGCAUUGAUUAAUGUAUGCUACAUACUUGAAAAUUGUUUCUGCUAAUGUCUCAUAGAUGGCGCUAAAAUCUUCAAUCCCUUGUUUACUUCUCCGAUACAUAUUUUAAUUAUGUUUAUGUAGGUGAAAUACCUUAAGCAAUGCCUGUUUUACAUUGACAAAUUUUAAACGUAUUAACCCAUUUGAUCCCAAGACAACUUUUUUUUAAAAACAACCAUUUUUUCCUAUUUCUAGGUUCAUUUCACUGUCAUAAUUUAGUAAACACUGUAAAUUUAAUUUUUUUUGUCAUAUUUUUUGAAAAAAAUUGGUGUACUCAUUUGAGUAAAAUGGGCGUUUGAAGUUUUUAUUGAAAUAACUAUAAUAAAAAAAAACGCAAAUUUAUUAGAACAAAUGAUACAAGAUUUAUAAACUAGUCUGCCGUGUGAUAUUUUAUAAAGCACUCUCGCUCAAUGCAUAAGGUAAUAUUGCAUUUUAUACACCUCCAUCGGCUUCUUAGAUGACACUUACGACAUCUUAGCUGCUUUUCUAGCUUUCCGGGAUAGUGUCCACCUUCACUACGUAAAAUACUUGUUUCUACAGUUCCGAGUUGUCUUUUUGUGAAUGAUGAUUUGGGAUAACACCUGAGGUAGUGACGUGUAAUAGUUCGAAGAAACAUAAGUAAGUCCAUUUUUUUGUCAUCCACUAGCAAAUGAAGCCUCCAUGCAUUCACCACUGACACAUUUAGUGUGUGAGUAAAUAUGGUCCACCACCAUUUUUUACCUUGGAUAGAUAUUCGGUAAUUAUUGACACCUUGGUCCAAAAGAUCUACCCCUCCCAUUGAUGCAUUGUAAGUGGCAAAUACUUUUGGUUGGGGGACAUCAAUUUUUUGUUUUUCUUCUGAUGACGAUCGUUUCACUUUGGAAAGCGGUGCCACAGUGUCAACGUUGAAAAUCAUAGUAACAGUGUUAUUGUCCUUCCACCUAGCUAGCAGAAGGGAAUUAUUUUCGUCAUAAAUUUCUUGGAAAUAUCCUCUAUCCUUUUUCUUCCACAAUUUGGUUUCUAUGAAAGGACACUUUUUGGUCCUGUUAUCACGAAUCGUGCCCGUCGCUCUAAAUCCCUUAUCUCGCAAAGAUGUCAGCAAGUCGUGACUGCUGAAAUAGUUGUCGAAGUAAACAAUGUGGUCUGAUGGAGUCUUAACACAUUCCAUAAGUCCUAAUACAACUUUUGAGCCUAAUGGAAGUUUACUUGUCAACGCAUUAUCUUGAUUUUUCUUGGCACCACAGUAAGUUUCAAAUUUGUAGCAACAUCCAGUGGAACUGCAUAACAUCCAAUCUUUGAAACCAAAGCGGACAGGCUUUCCUUUUAUAAACUGCUUUGAUGGAUGAUGUCCAAAAUAUUUUAUCAUGGCCUCGUCAGUAGAUAAAUUUUGGUGGAAAAUACCCCAUUGUUGAAAAUUCUGAUUCAAUUUACCUAUAAGGGGUCGCAAUUUAUACAUCCUAGCUUCUUUGUCAAGCUUCGAGUUAUCGACAAGAUGAAGAUAUUUUUCUAUUUCAUAGAACCGGUUUCUGGACAUCGAAUUGAAUAUAAUGGACACAGAAACAUCUUCGUCCAAGCUCCAGUACAUGCGUUCUCUUGGAAGCCUGUGGUAACCACUAAAAAGUAGAACUGGAAUGAAUAUUUUUAUAUCAUCUUUAUCAACGGUAAACGUUUGGUUAUUUUUUUGCCUGGCAUACAAAAUCGACUGUUCUUGUAUCAGUUCAAUAAUAUAUUCAUCAAAAAGUUUCUCAAAAAUUUCAACCACUUUGCUCCACAUUUUGACAUUAUAUUCAGUAAUUUUUAAUAAAUAUCUUAUCAAAUAUCCUAAAUAAAGUAUUUAAAUCAAUAUUAGAGAUGUAAGAAUACGUGUUUACCUAAUUUAAAGAUAAGAUAUAGACCCAGGUUUAAAUUAUGUACAUUUGAAAUCUGGUGCAAAGUAGGCCAUACGAUGGGUUUACUUUGCACCACUUCAUUUAGGAUUGGUUUUUCUAUAGUAAAAUUUAUGUGGGGCAAAGAAACACCACUCCAUUAUCAAAUUUAAGAACGUGCGAUUCUUUUGGUGUAGGAAUUUUCAAUUUUUGAGGCGAUUUAGUCAAAUAAUCAACACAUUUUAAGAUCGUAGUUUGGUCAUUUGCUUAGGUGCAUUUAUUGCACCAAGUAUUUUGUCCCAACUAUACCAAAUUUCACCGCCUUUUUUCGGCCAUUUCCAAAACUUCAGUGACUUGACCAUCGCGUUAAUCUUAACCAUUUCGCCCUCAAUUUCGGUAAUGACUCCAGGAUAAGGCUUGCCAUCAUACAAGACUAAAGCAUACUCGCCAACUGACUUCUGGAUAUCUUUUAGACCAGAUUCUUGAAUUUUUUCAGCCGCAGAUUUAGCAAAAUAACCAGAUUCAAGUUUUUUAUUAAAUUCAAUUUCCUCCUCCAUGUCUUGUAUCUCAUCAACUUCAUCAUCUGAAUCUCCAAGUUCUGGAAGUUUAUCUGACUCCUCGUCUUCAGAAACUUCAUUCGCCCUUUGUUUUUGAGAGUGUUUGGAUAUUGGAGCUGUAACUAUUCCCGAAGUCCCAGGUAAAUCAGCAGAACCGAUUUCGCCGUGAGCAAUGCUUUUUCCGGCUGGAAUUGUUAUUUUUUUCUUCCUUCCCCGAACUUGAAACUGAGUAGCCUCUGUCCUUUUAUUUUCCAAAGAUUCAAGAAACAAUUUUUCUAUUUCAGAUACAUUCUCUCUAUUGACGACACUGUUAUGUUUGUUAUGUAAUCGUUCUAAUAAGGGACCUACAUCACAAGGAACGAUUCCACAUUUUCUGAAUCCUGAAAUUAAAUUUGAAGCACUAUUUUCAGAAAUUUUCUCCAUCAGUCGUCUGAGAAGUGUCGGAAAGUGUUGUUUUUCGAGCACAUUUGACCUGCUUCCAACGAGGGAUUCUUUAUAAUCUGAUAAAAUUUCACGCCAUGCCUUUUUCAAUGGAGCGAAGAAUGCCACAUCUAAGGGUUGUGUUACAUGAGUGCUAUUUGGCGGCAAGCAUACAAAUUGAAUAUCAUGGUCCUUACAAGCUGCUAACACAUCAACAUUCAAAUGGGAAGAUAAAUUAUCGCCGAUAAUAACCUUUUUACCUUCGAUUUUUGUCAAUGUUGGUAAUAACAGCUGAAAAAACCAAUCAGAAAAUGUUUCUGACUCAAACCACCCAGAUGCUGUGUUGGCGUAGCGAGUACCAGGUGGGCCAUUAUUUGUCCACGUGUCCCAUAAAUGUUUUGAUUUGUAUACCACAUAAGGUGGUAGAACCUCACCUGCUGCAUUUCCUGCAAUCAUUAGGGAUAUACAACUUUUUGAUGAAUUAACUAUCCUUUCUGGGUAUUUCAUGCCUGUUUGUUUAAAACUUUUUUUUGACCAGGAUUGUCUGUUAAAUUGGUCUCAUCAUAGUUGAAAAUUGCAUUUGGUGGAACCCCCUCCAAGGUUUGCUUCAAGUUUUCUAUAUAAUCCUGCAUUUGCUAACCACUGAGAGCUGCUCUGCUCCGCUUAAUGUUGGUGGCAAACCUUACUGUUAGGUCCUUAUGCCUCUUCA